AUGGCCGGUGCAGCACCGAACCAUGGUCGGUCAGCGAGGCGGUUUGCUUUGCUUCUUCCGACUUUCGAUAUCGCCUGCGGUUGGCUUCUCGAAGAGAGCAACACGCGUGGGACCAGGGACUCAAGGGGACGUUGGCCAAACUCCAACCUCGCGCUAGCUGGCACGGCGCCACUUGCGUGCCCGGCAGACUCGCCAUUGGCCGGUGCUCUGGUAUAUCGAUAUGACGAGCGUUGGCUCUGCUGCGGGGCGCGCACAGAUGUCAGUCAGCCUGGGCGAACUGACGACUUGGAAGCUUCCCGCCUCGCUGAAAGCCAAUGGAGGCGCCGCGAUGUUCGUGCCACUGAGACCGUGGCCAACUGCCCGUCACACCUCGCCCGCAUGCCGCGUCCCGCCUCCGUGGUCGCCGGAGUGGCUGCUGACUAG